AUGGCGAAAACUUAUGUGAAACCCAAAGAGCUGGUGGAGCUGGUCAACAUGCCGUCCUGGAUGGAUAAAAGUCUGGGCUCUCAGAAUGAGAUGAAGGAGGAAGAGAGAAGAUCAGCUGCUUAUGAGGUGCUUAGUAGCUUAGUUGAAGAGCACGACAGCAUUGAGGAGGAAGAAGAGGAUGAAGAGGAUGGGGAGAAGCCCAAGAGAAGGGGCCCCAAGAAAAAGAAGAUGACCAAAGCUCGACUUGAGAGAUUCAGGGCUCGAAGAGUCAAGGCCAAUGCCAGAGAACGGACCCGGAUGCAUGGCCUGAAUGAUGCCCUGGAUAACCUGAGGAGAGUCAUGCCAUGCUACUCUAAAACCCAAAAGCUUUCCAAGAUAGAGACCCUCAGGCUGGCCAGAAACUAUAUUUGGGCUUUGUCUGAAGUCCUGGAAACUGGCCAGAUACCUGAAGGGAAGGGCUUUGUGGAGAUGCUCUGUAAAGGGCUUUCUCAGCCCACAAGCAACCUGGUGGCUGGAUGCCUCCAGCUGGGCCCUCAGUCUGUCCUCGUAGAGAAGCAUGAGGAGAAAUCUCCUAUUUGUGACUCUGCCAUCUCUGUCUCUAACUUCAACUAUCAGUCUCCAGGGCUCCCCAGCCCUCCUUAUGGCCAUAUGGAAACACAUCUCCUUCAUCUCAAGUCCCCAGUAUUUAAAAGUUUGGGAGCAUCAUCCUUUGGGAACCAUCCACCUCACUGCAGCACACCCCCUUAUGAGGGCCCACUUACUCCACCCUUGAGCAUCAGUGGAAACUUCUCCUUGAAGCACGAUGGCUCUCCUGACCUGGAAAAGUCCUACAGCUUCAUUCCACAUUACCCAUCUGCAACUCUAAGCUCAGGGCAUGUGCACUCAACUCCCUUUCAGGCUGCCACCCCCUGCUAUGAUGUUCCAAUAGACAUGUCCUAUGAUUCUUACUCCCACCAUGGCAGUGGGGCCCAACUCAACACCAUCUUUACUGAUUAG